AUGUUCAAUUCUUAUAAAGAAAAUUGGGAUGAACCUUAUAAUGAACCUUGUGAUGAAUCUUGUGAUAAACAUUAUAAUGAACCUUGUAAUAAACUUAAUUAUGAAUCUUGCGAUAAACUUUAUAGUGAAUCUCAAGAACCAACAGAUGUAAUUUGCAUAGAUGAACCCAAUAAUAAUGAAUCAUCAAAUAAAACAGCCAUAGCUAAUAG